GCAGCGCGCGGCGGCCGCAGAGGCAGAGCGGCCGUUGGCGCGGUGGGUGGCGGCGCUCCGCUCGGCUCCCUUCGCCUCGCCGGUUCCGUCCCUUCUUUUCCUUCUCCUUCCCCGUCCGACCGCCGAUAGAGAGGCCGGGAGCCCCGGACACCUCCUUCCGCCUGCCUCCCCCUUCCUUCCUGCGUGUUGAAAAAUGUUGUCCUGUCUACACUAGCAGCUAACUGAUCUGAACCCAUUGUUGACAGCCACCAUCAUCAACAGGUCACUUUCCCUCUGCAAGUGUGGCUUUUGAUUAUGUAUCGUAAAUCCAAGUGGAAGUGCGGUUACAAUCUCGCGGUUCUUGGACACGGAAAUAAUGAAAAAAGCGUGCCACAACUCUUGAUCAGAGACCUGAAAUUUGAGAAGAAGUCAUUAGCUAAGCUCAUGUUUUCUCCUGAUCAAGAAAAUCAUCCAUCAAAAGCACCAGUCAAGUAUGGUGAAUUGAUCGUAUUAGGGUACAAUGGGUCUCUCCCAAAUGGAGAUAGAGGAAGAAGAAAAAGUAGGUUUGCUUUAUUUAAAAGGCCCAAGGCAAACGGGGUGAAACCUAGCACUGUGCAUAUUGCCUGUACUCCGCAAGCAGCAAAGGCAAUAAGUAAUAAGGACCAACACAGCAUCUCUUACACUUUGUCUCGGGCCCAGACAGUAGUAGUUGAAUAUACCCAUGACAGCAACACAGAUAUGUUCCAGAUCGGUCGAUCAACAGAGAGUCCUAUAGACUUCGUUGUGACAGAUACGGUUCCUGGAAGUCAGAGUAAUUCAGAUACACAGUCUGUGCAGAGCACUAUAUCAAGGUUUGCCUGCAGAAUCAUAUGUGAACGUAACCCUCCUUUUACUGCGAGGAUAUAUGCUGCAGGAUUUGACUCCUCGAAGAACAUCUUCCUUGGGGAGAAGGCUGCGAAGUGGAAGACAUCAGAUGGGCAAAUGGAUGGGCUAACCACAAAUGGAGUUCUUGUUAUGCAUCCCCGUAAUGGAUUUACAGAGGACUCCAAGCCAGGGGUGUGGAGAGAGAUAUCUGUGUGUGGGAACGUGUUCAGCCUCCGUGAAACCAGAUCGGCUCAGCAGAGAGGAAAAAUGGUUGAAAACGAAACGAACCAACUCCAGGAUGGCUCUCUAAUCGACCUGUGUGGAGCAACGUUGCUGUGGCGCACUGCAGAGGGGCUUUCACGCACUCCCACUGUCAAGCACCUGGAGGCGCUGAGACAGGAAAUAAACGCGGCAAGGCCCCAGUGUCCUGUGGGGUUUAACACCUUAGCAUUUCCCAGCAUGAAGAGAAAAGAUGUUGUAGACGAAAAGCAGCCGUGGGUGUACCUGAACUGUGGCCACGUCCACGGCUAUCACAACUGGGGAAAUAAAGAGGAGAGAGACGGCAAGGAUCGAGAGUGUCCCAUGUGCCGUUCUGUCGGCCCCUAUGUGCCUCUGUGGCUUGGAUGUGAAGCUGGAUUUUAUGUGGAUGCAGGACCUCCAACCCAUGCCUUCAGCCCGUGUGGACACGUGUGCUCAGAAAAGACAACUGCUUAUUGGUCCCAAAUUCCUCUUCCUCAUGGUACUCACACUUUUCAUGCAGCCUGUCCGUUCUGCGCACAUCAGCUGGCUGGUGAGCAAGGUUACAUCAGACUGAUUUUCCAAGGACCUCUCGACUAACACAUGUGUAACCAAGGACUGCAGUAAUCUAAUAAGCUAAGCGAUACUGAUUUUUAAACCAACUGUUUUUCGUAUUCUCUGGGCUUUGCUGGUUUGCAUUACGAUGAAGAAUUUUUUUUUUUUUUUUUUUUUUUGUUAUGACAGCUAAAUCCCUCUCUAUCGAGAAAAGUCUGGAAAUGGAAGAAACAGGGGUAGGAGGGGAGAAGUCCUGCUUUUCUUUAGUUAAUAACUGCUUCUGAAGAGCUGAAAGGAGUGUUCCAGAGUGAAUUUAAAUGCCUUCCGUUCAGUGGUUUUGAAUCACAUGCCCACAGUGUUUGAAAGUUGUUUCUUUUUGUAUAUGGAGGGUAAAUAGUUCAAAAAA